AUGGCAUCUGGACAGGCUCCAGGGUCAUCAGCUCCAUCGUCCAACAUCAACUCCCCCACCCUUCCUCCAAAUAACGGGCCUUUACUCAAUGCGCAAUUCACCGAUCUGAACCCACGAUCUUCUCCAGCCCCGUCCGCGCAAGGCGACGGUCGAGCCAAACGCAAUAAACGAGAUAGUCGCAAAAAGCGUGAAGCCAAAGGACUAGAUACUGAAAAUGCACCGCCACCGAAAAAAAGAGCCACAGCUGGACCCAGUACGGCCAUACCCAGCUCCAAACUACGCAUCCUCCGUCCGCUGCUGCUCGCAGAACCACACGACUCCGAUCGUUUCCCUCCACAACCACGCCAAUUGAAUCGCGUUACCCGCAAGACAUCGGACGUUUUGGGCCAGAGCUGGGAUUUCUACGAGGUUGUCGAUAAACUCACCAACAAGAAUGGGUUCCGUUACAGCUAUGCGAUCGCGGACCCAGGUUUUCCUCAUAUCAAAUAUCGACAGACAGACGUUCAACCGUAUCAUACGCGCUUCAGCUUCGAGGAUUCGCCUGCUGCCAUAUCAUUCUCAGAGAGCGCUACUGCGGUUACCACCAGUGAUGCGUGGCAUACUGCCCGCGCCAAUGUAUGUGCUCGGGAGGGGACAUACUACUACGAAGCUCGUGUAAUUAGCGGCAUAGUCAAUGAUCCACAGGCACCUCAAAAUGGCAGACCUACAACUUCACCCCGCGGCCAUGUCCGUAUUGGAUUUGCUCGACGGGAAGCCGACCUCGACGUGAAUGUUGGUGUGGAUUGCUACGGUUACGGAAUUCGAGAUGUGAACGGUGAAGUCGUCAAUCGCAUGCGAUGCGAGUUCUUCUUCCCCAAGGGGGAGGCUAUCAAUGAAGGAGAUGUCAUUGGCAUGCUCAUCACUCUUCCACCACUUUCUCUUCACAGAAAAAUUGUCGAGGGCACUUACGAUCCUACCGAUAAUGACAAUUCACCGCAGCCUCCAGCAGCAACCAACAUCAUCCGAGAUCGGAUCCCUUUUCACUACAAGUCGGACUUUUGCUGGCAGCAAUCUAACGUCUUUUCAACGAAACAUCUCCGAGACUAUGCCUUCAAUCUCAAGGAAACACCGACAUUUGGUCCGCCAUCUCCUUUCAAUAGCGAGGACGCUACACUGCGCACACUUCCCGGAUCCAGUAUCACCAUUUUCAAGAAUGGCGUUAAAAUGGGUACGCCCUUCAAAGAACUUUACGCCUUCCUGCCGCCCGCCAGUCGUCUCGCCAACGGCACAAACAAUCUUGGUAUUGGCGAGCGCGAGAAUGCCGACGACGGCAUGAUCGGUUAUUAUCCAGCUGUGAGUUGUUAUGGCGGCGGCGCUGUCGAAUGUCGCUUUGAGGGGCCGUGGUGGGUUGGCCCGCCCGAGCAGACUGAAACUGGAGAGCCAAUUCGCCCUAUGGGCGAGCGGUUCAACGAUCAGAUUGUCGAAGAUGUGUUGGCCGAUAUUGUGGACGAGGUAGAAGCAAUGUUCACCUGGGGCGGCAUUGACGGCGACGUCAUCAAUAACAACACUGAGCUGGACGGUGCUGGAGCUGUGGGUGGAGCAGAAGUGUUGAAGGGUGGUGUCGGCGCGGCGCUUGAUUCUGCACUUGCGCACACUCCUGGCACGGUUGGCGCAUCUGAUUCUGCUGCCAAUAGCAAUCGUGCGACACCCGCUGCUGGGGAUGUUGGGAAUCACGCCCUCGAAGAUGCGAUGAGCGUUGAGACAGCUGGUACUCCCAAUGUUGAAGUGCAGGCCGAUGGCGAUGUCGAGAUGACCUAG